CAGAAAUUUAGCUUAAACAAUGCCGGGAAUAGUUUCAGUCAAAACGCCACCGGAGGCUCAGCCGUUGAGAAUAUCAGUUCCGGAUGAGUCCAACGGGCGGGUCGGAGCAAGUUCGGAGAGAUCCGAACCCGUUAACCCGAAGAGUAACUCUCCUGCGCCGCGAAGACCUCCUUCACCGUCGCCUUCAACUUCACGCGCCAAGCCGUCACCAGAUCGGAGCUCAGGAAAGAAGAAAUCGCCACCAGAGAAGAUUGUCAUCGACGAGUCGUCUCUUGACAAUCCCGAUCUAGGACCGUUCCUGUUGAAGUUAGCGCGUGACACGAUUGCCUCCGGCGAGGGACCGAACAAGGCGCUAGAUUACGCUCUACGCGCUGCGAAGUCGUUUGAGAAAUGCGCGAUUGACGGCGAGCCGAGUUUGGAUCUGGCGAUGAGCCUCCACGUCGUGGCGGCUAUAUACUGUAGUCUCGGGAGGUUCGAGGAGGCGAUUCCGGUGCUAGAAAGGGCGAUUAAAGUGCCAGAAGUCUCAAAAGGUGCAGAUCACGCGCUCGCGGCGUUCUCAGGGUAUAUGCAGCUCGGUGAUACUCAUUCUAUGCUUGGACAGUUAGAUCGGUCGAUUGAAUGUUACAAAGAUGGUUUGAAAAUACAGAUGGAAGCUUUAGGAGAUACAGAUCCGAGAGUGGCUGAGACUUGCAGGUACUUGGCCGAAGCCCAUGUUCAGGCAAUGCAAUUUGAUGAAGCCGAGAAUUUGUGCAAGAAAACACUGGAAAUCCAUCGUGUACACAGCCCACCUGCUUCUCUUGAAGAGGCAGCUGAUCGUCGUUUAAUGGCUCUCAUAUGUGAGGCUAAAGGCGAUUAUGAGUCAGCCCUUGAACACCUUGUACUUGCAAGCAUGGCUAUGAUCGCCAAUGGACAGGAAAACGAGGUUGCAGCUAUUGAUGUUAGUAUUGGGAACAUCUACUUGUCUCUGUCUCGCUUUGAUGAGGCUGUCUUCUCCUAUCAGAAGGCACUUACUGUUUUCAAAUCAUCUAAGGGAGACAACCAUCCUUCAGUUGCAUCUGUCUUUGUAAGGCUGGCUGACCUAUAUUAUAAGACAGGAAAACUGAGGGAAUCCAGAUCCUAUUGUGAAAAUGCUCUAAGAAUAUAUGCAAAACCUGUGCCUGGAACAACUGCAGAAGAGAUUGCUUGUGGAUUGACGGAAAUUUCAGCUAUUUAUGAGUUAUUUAAUGAACCUGAGGAGGCACUGAAACUCCUUCUGAAGGCAAUGAAACUUUUGGAGGAUAAACCAGGGCAGCAAAGUACGAUUGCUGGCAUUGAAGCACGGAUGGGUGUUAUGUUCUAUAUGGUGGGAAGAUAUGAAGAGGCACACAGUUCCUUUGAAAAUGCUGUAGCAAAACUUAGAGCUGGGGGUGAGAGGAAGUCAGCCUUCUUUGGGGUUGUUUUGAAUCAGAUGGGAUUGUCUUCUGUUCAAUUGUUCAAAAUAGACGAGGCUGCUGAAUUAUUUGAAGAAGCAAGACAAAUUCUGGAACAGGAGUGUGGUCCUUGUCAUCAAGAUACUCUUGGUGUGUACAGCAAUCUUGCAGCAACUUAUGAUGCAUUGGGAAGAGUUGAUGAUGCCAUUGAGAUUUUGGAGUAUGUUCUUAAAUUGAGAGAAGAGAAACUUGGAACUGCAAAUCCUGAUUUUGAUGAUGAGAAGAAAAGGCUGGCCGAAUUAUUGAAAGAAGCAGGCAAAUCUCGCAACAAAAAUGCGAAGUCCUUGGAGAACCUUAUCGAUCCCAAUUCUAAAAGAACAAAGAAGGAGCCGUCGAGGAAGUGGUCUGCCUUUGGGUUUAGGAGUUGAUUGUUAAUUCGGAUGCAUUUUAUGUAACAUAGGAGAUCAUGUAUAGAGCUAAUCUGUAAUUUGUGAGGCAUGUUGUUUGUUUGCCAUUUGAAUUGCCAUUGAUGUUCAUUUUCAGCGUUGUUCAAUUGGUUAUUGUUUUGUGAUUUAAAAGAUGUUUCUGCCAAGACUAUAAUUCUGCUUUU